CGACGUAGAGAAGGCCGGCUGAGAUCUGCAAUGGAGGAGGCAGUCGACCGGAAGAGGGUGGUCGGUCGGAUCUUCGAAAAACAUCGCAGAUUGGCGAUGGGUAUGGGCAGCAAGGAGGAAAAGGAGGAUGAAGUUGGCAAAGGAGAAGGAGGCACCGGAGAGGGGGAGGAGGAGAAGGAGACCUACGCAAACGGACGGAGGUGGAGCUUGACGGGUCGGUCAGUCGAUUUAGAUGCCAGAGAGGAAAAGGGGUUGAAAUCGGGAUGCUAGAGAUGUUGGGUCAGGUGAUGGGGUGGGUUGAAUAUUGGCUUCCGACGAUGCUUAUAAGCGUCGUCUUAAUCUUAACUUUUGGCAUCCGAUGACGCUUAUAAGUGUCGUCUUAAUCCUGGCUAAUCUUCUAGCUAAAGUGGAGAGAUGAAAAAAUCCAAUCUCUUUUAUCGCCCUCCUUUCCUUUAGCCCUUUUGACAAUGCUUAUAAGUGUUGUCUUAAUACUGGCUUCCGAUCGUCUUAGUUUAAUUUCUGACAACGCUACUAAAAAGCGUCGGCAAAUUUUGGCACGAGGGAUCAGUCGGACGAUGACUGCCACCAGUGCCUGCAGCGGUCGGUGAACGUUAUGUCGACUCACUUCCCACGGAGCAUUGAAGCGGUGACGAUGGCUUACAACUGCUUCAUGGGGCACACAACGUACUCUUUCUAUAAUCAAUCUGUCGGGGCUGCACCACCACCUUUGCUAGCACCGGAGGUGGAUCCCGGCGCUCUGCCGCCUAGAGGAAAGGACUCAGGGAAAAAGAACGUAGCCUUGGUCAUCCCGUUGGUUAGCGCGUUGGUGGUCCUCUCAGCCAUUUUCAUCUGUUCAUGGAGGAGGAGAACAUUUUUAAAAGUAUUCCGUGUGGAAAAUAAAGACAUCGGAGCUCUGUAUUUCGAUUUGGGGACACUUAGAGCCGCUACUGAUGACUUCUCCGAGACAAACAAACUCGGAGGUGGUGGAUGUGGUCCAGUUUAUAAGGGAGAACUAUCAGAUGGCCAGGAAAUAGCUGUGAAAAGACUUUCCAGAAGUUCACAGCAAGGACUUCCGGAGUUAAGAAAUGAGAUUGCUUUUGUUGCUAAGCUUGAACACAGAAAUCUCGUGAGGCUGUUAGGUUGUUGUCUGGAAGAAAAAGAGAAGCUACUCGUCUACGAGUUUCUCCCAAAUACAAGCCUCGACAAAUUUCUAUUCGAUCCCAUCAAACGUGGACUUCUAGAUUGGGGAAAGCGCUAUAAAAUUAUUGAAGGAAUUGCAAGAGGGCUUCUUUAUCUUCACCAAGAUUCUCGCCUCAAGAUUAUUCAUCGGGAUCUAAAAGCAUGUAACAUCUUGUUAGAUCAGCAUAUGAAUCCUAAGAUUUCAGACUUUGGUCUUGCAAAGCUCUCCGAGUCUGAGAAAGAACAUGGAAGCACUAGUAAAAUUGCUGGGACAAAUGGAUACAUGGCACCCGAGUAUGCAAUGCAAGGGUACUUUUCAAAUAAAUCAGAUGUAUUUAGCUUUGGAGUUUUAGUUCUAGAAAUUGCGACCGGUCAAAGGAUCAGUGACUUCCAUGGAUCAGGGGAUUCUACAAAUCUCCUAAGCUUUGCAUGGGAGCACUGGAGCAAAGGAAAGGCGUUGGAAAUAAUGGAUCACAGUCUAGGUGAGCUGUACCAUAGGCAAGAAGCUUUGACAUGCAUUCACAUAGGAUUACUCUGUACUCAAGAGGAUAUGAGGAAAAGACCUUGCAUGACAUUGGUGGUUCUCAUGCUGAGCAAUCAUUCCGUGACUCUUCCAACGCCUUCAACGCCUGCAUACUUUGUUCGAGGCAGAACAACCAUUGAGUCAGACGUGGCUUUGAGAACUACCAAUUCCACUCCAUCUGACUUGUUAACUAUAUGCAACAUGUCAAUUACCGACAUGGAGCCCCGUUAAAAAACUCCAUGGAUAUUUGGAUAUUUGAUCAUUGAUGAGAACAAGGACAAGCUUUUCCAACGAGGCUGAUGAUAGAUCGAAUGUAUGAAUUGCAAGUUGAGUUUCUUUUCUUUCCCUACAGCAUGAAGCAAUAGUCCGAGGAUGAUCUGAACAAUGGAAUAAAAAGCUUACAGGAAUAUAUAUAUAUAUGGCUCCUGUUGAGUAUCUUGUUUUCCCUUAUUAUCAAUAUUUGGCUGUGCCAUUUUUUCUUUUUA